GAAGCACACCCAUCACUGACGUAAAGCACCGACGAAGUAACGUUACACCUCCAGCCCACAGUUCAGGUGGAUGGUUUUAUUACAGCGGGAAAAAUACACGGCAGCGUUUUGCCAGUGUUUAUCUAACGUUACUGGGAAUUAAUUAGCUUAAAUUAGUUAUUUGAACAUCAGUAAUUUCACUCAGUAUCCAAGUCAUAUCUACAACUUCAUUUAGUCAGUCAGUUUAACUUUGUUGAUGUUAGCUAGCUGCCUCUCAAAUACAUUAACUAUUUGUUAGCUAUUAGCUAACCAUCAAGAUACAAGUGUAAGGGAGAGAAGAUGACCAAGGGAAAGGCAAAAAUGAGCAGCAGUGUCACCUCAGCUCCACCCCAGCCUCGGACACUCAGGUCCAGGAAGAGGGAAUGUCCAAGUGAUGAAACCUCAGAGACUGAUGAUGCUCAGGCUGCUCUCCAUCAGCAGGAUACUGAAGGAAAUAAAACAGCAGUAAAUGAAACACUGCUACAGUGCCACCAGUCCCCUCUGCAGGAGUCUACUGUGAUUUCAGCUCAACAGCGUGAAGCAGCAGAACAGGCCUCUCUCACCAAACAAGAUCCUGACACGGGAGAAAAACAUACAGAAGCAACUAAUGUUAACUUCAAAAAUGUGACGGCUAAAACUUUGGAAGAGCAAGAAGGGACAGCAGUCACCAAUCCCAACAAUGAUUCUGAGCUGGAGGUCUUUAGAGUACCUGCUGAUAAUGAUGCUGAUGAGAGUGGAAAGGACAAAGAGGAAAUGACUAGAGAGGAUUGUAACAGAUCACCAUCUCAGAAAUGCGCCGAUCAACUCAAGGUCUGCCUGCCAAUCUCUGAAAAGGGUGAUGGAUCUGCUCUGGAGGAGCAAGUGGGUGCAAAGGGGAACUCUCGGGGUAAUUUGGAAAGCAACCAAGAAGAACCUGUCAGUGUGUACGUGGCUGAUGUCAAGGAAAUCCCAAAGGAAGCAGCAGCUGGGUUACCAGCCAAAAAGAAAAGAAGGAUGGGUAUGUGCGGUCUGACAGAGAGGGAGAGGAGUCACUUUCUACAGAUGCAAAAACAUGAAAACGGGCAAAAAGUAGCGGAAAGGGUUGAGAAGCAGAUUUGUAUUAACACAACUGACCUUCAGCCUCAGGAAGAGAUUAUAUCUUCACCCACCUCAUCAUCCUCACUGUCCAUCUCAGUAGGCAGUGUCACAGAGCGGAGGGAGGCAGAGAUAAAACUUCAGUCCAGUCAUUGUGGAGGGGAUGACAGGGCAGAAACUGAAGUCCACAAUGCUAUAUCAGAUGCCACCGAAGCUGCGAGUAAUCCAGGCUGCUUAAAGGGAAAGAGCUGUGGGGUUGAAGGAGGCACAGAGUCUGGUCCAGAGCAAACUGGUGACACAAAGUCAGACCCACCUGCAGUGGAGGAAGAGGAGCAGGUUCUGGGCAAUCAGGAGCAGCAGGAACCUGAGGGACACACAGCUGAGAUUGUGGCUGCACAACCUCAGGAACAAAUGAAAGAAGAUGGGUCAGCAGUCAUAGACCAAAGUCCUGCCAUCACUUUUUACUCUAAUCCGACUCAAAAUGAGGAGACUGAAAACCCGGAUGCAGCCAAGGCUGCCCCUGUGUCGGUGAAUGGUGUGAUCGGGACAAGACAUGAGAGCAAGCGAGAGUUGGUUGGUGAGGCAGGUGCUUCAUCCACAAGCAGGUGCUCAGGAGGAUUCAAGGCUGUGGAGCUCUGUAAGGCUGCGGUGACACCCAGUGGCUCAGAGAGGAAAGACAGUUGCAAUUACGCUGAUGAACCUGGUGCUGGUCCUUCUACUGUGAACGCUGAGCCCCCUGAGACCCAGGACUCCUCUGACCCAUUUGGAUCUGGGUGCUUGGAUUACGUGUCAGACUCGCAGCUGUACACCAUUGUUCUGACUGAGGAGGAGGUGAUGGAGAGGGAUGAAGAGCCUGGAUCUCCAGACCAUCAUGAAGAUGCUACACAGCUGAUCUGUGGACUCAUCACAGAGCUCUCCUCUCUAAAUCGUAAAGUAAUGGCCGCUCACAGAGAGUUGGAGAGCCUGCGCCGUAGCAGUAAAAGUUCAAGGAGCUCCGUGCGUUGAGGAUUUGUUACAAGUCCCUGCCAUCCUGAUCUUUCUGUUGCCCUAAUGGUUUGUG